ACCUCUCAGAACCCAGCUGUUCUAUGGUCCCCAUAGCCAAAGCUGUCAUUGAUGCUAAUCAAUGCUGUGUCCUAAUGACUCUUCUGUGAUCCCCUCUUGUUUAGGCAUGACAUCACCAAAGGAUGGUCUACAGCAUCCCCAGUGUGGAGGCGAAACGGAAGCUGGGAAACCCUCCUGGCUUUCCGCGUGCAGUGCCAGGAGCAUUGUAAAGGCAUUUGAGGAAUACCUCCAGCCUGCUGCGAAGAUGGUCAUUGUUCUCAAGACCAUUGAAGCCAUGAGAGACUCACACAUAUGUGAUAGGGAGGAACUGAUCAGCAUUGUGGAUUUGAUCACGAUGGAACGUGCCUCCUGGCUGACAGAGGUGUCAGCUGUCGUUAGCUGCAUCUAUUACAACCUGGAGCACAUCUACACACCAGCAGCCUGGCACAGCCUGGGCAUGUUGCUUCUAAAGAUGGCAGAGCUGUGGCCAGCGGAUGUGACCCUGAGACUUGUGGAUCUCGCUCCAUCAUGUGACAGUAUUGCUGUGACCAUGUGGGAAGUGCUGUUCUCCGAUCCCCUCAUCUUGGAGAACGUCCUGAGGCAGCUGAACACGAGGUUCCAGCACGUGAGUGUGCGAUGGAGAUUCAGCUCCCAGAAAGUGGAGGCCUGCAUCCAGCUCUUGGCUCUGCUGGCCUCCAGCCAUGUGACACCAAGAAUGUUUGCUGGGGUGUACAGGCUCCGGGAGCCGCUGGUGCCUCCAAGGCUGCUCUCACUGCUGCUCCAAGGCCUCAUCACACUAUCACAGUCACCUGACAUGGCAGAGAAAAUACUGAUCAUGCUGCCGGACUUGAUGAAGACCCUGCAGAGUACCUACAGAGACAAGAUGAGGGCCCUGGUCGUAUUCAGAAACGUGACAGAUCAUUUGAAGAAGAAGGCCAGCUCCAUCGUCCUGGACCUGGCCGAGAUGCUCGUUCCACUCUUUGAUGAUGAGUGCAGCCACAUACAAGAGCUCUCCAUCUGCCUCUUCAAAGAUAUAAUACAGUUGGUGGACUGGAAGGACAAGCGGAAGAUGCAGAAGAAGGUGCAGACGAGCCUGGUCCCACUCAUGUUGCACAUGAGUGACGAGAUUGAGAGCGUGGCCCAGGCCUCUAAGGAAGCCCUCUCUGCAGCUGCAAAGGUCCUCAAAUGGAAUUGGCUCAGUCACCACCUGCAGACAUCGGAGAGAUGGAGAACUAUGGAGUGCUUGCUGGAGCAGGAGCCCAGCAGGGCUGAGGAGUAUACGCGUCAGAGCCUGCUUUACCUGCAGCACUCUCAGGUCAGCGUGAGACUGGCCGCCCUGAGGUUCAUCGCCCUCCAUCCUUUGGGAAGAGAAAAGGAACCCCAGGUCUCGUCCCUGGCAUGGCAGACAUUACACAUCGUCAACUGUUUAAGGAGGCAGCAAAGACAAGGAUGGAUCCAGCGGGUGCUGUGCUGCUGGCUCUGA